AUGGCCAGCGGUGCGUCCACUACACUAGCGUUGAUGCUCGACACAGACUCAUUGUCGUUCCCUCAGCGCUUGAUCGGCAUAGCCAGCUGCUGCUUCGGCCCAGCCCUGGCGGGCGCGCGCUACAUCGCCAUCCCGAUCGACGGCCUGGACGUGAUCGAGCUGAGCCCCAUAUCCGCGUCGGCGAACCACCAGCUGGUCGCGGGCUCCCCGGCCCCCGCGAACGGCCCCCGCAUGGCCCGCCAGACGCCCGAGUCCUCGUACGUGCCCCUCGCCGUCUCGACGCUCCACCACGCCGAGAGCGCCCAUAGGCCCGACAGGCCCGCCGCCACCGCCCACGUCUACGACUACGUGGACUUUGGCGCCCACACCGGGCCCAACGGCGCGUUCAGCUGGUACGCCGACUACCCGUCCCAACAUUGAUUGAUGCACGGGCUCGGUUGCCGGGACAGAGUUGGGGAGGUAGGGAGUCUUUGCGAAGCGUCGUUCAUUGCACCACCGUCUUUUUCCGUAUAUUGUAUUGGAUUCGUAGUUUUUUUUUCUACGAUUGGACGUUGCACCCAUGAUUUUUACGUUGUUGGACGAGUGGAAUGUAUACGGAUGUGUGAGGAUAAAUACUUGAUUGUUGCAAAAAAAAAAAAAAGAAAAAAAAUGUUUAUUGUUAUUUUACCCAUAUCCGAUGGAUGUCCGAUGAGCGCGUCGAGCUGUUGGAUUAUUGAUUGGAAAUCGUUGGGGAUUAACUUGGCAUAUAUACGAGCAAUGAAUGUAAGUACAAGAUUGUUACGGUAAUAAUAUUUUUUUUUUUUUAUUAUUUUGUUUUUCGGUACAUUUUUUCUUUUUUUAUAUAUUUAUAUCUACCAUCUCUCUGAGUGGGUGUGUGAUACAGUCAAUACAGCGACAGAACGACAGUAUUUCAACAAUCUCUCAACAGUUUACGUCUUUUUUUUUUUUUUUAUCGAGAUUCUUCAUUUAUAUCUUUGCGCACACCAUAAUUAUGUCUUAAAAUAUAUCCGUCCCAAGUGGCGUGUACAUCAAAAAUGAAAUACAUGUCGUAAGCACAACUCUCGCGUGUCGAAAGAAAGGAAUAGUAAAAUAUAUCAUGUUGUUAAAAAAAAAAUUAUCAAUCUAAAAAAAAAUGACUACAUGUUUUUUGCUAUUAAAUCCUAUAUGCGCUAUGUCCUUGUUCUCCCUUUUUUCUGCGGUUCAAUCGUAACCUGUGACAAAAAUCAUGCAUCAUUCGUUACAAACAGCACUCGCGGGGCUUUAAGCGGCACCAAUUGAGACAUUUCACAUAUACCCCUUUCUUUACAAUACAUACACGACUCGCAUCACCAAAUUGACUACUAAUCUAAUUUUACAUCGCUAUCAAUUCUUUUCUAAUCUUUGCGCAAUCAAUAAAAUAUGUAUUUCUCCUCUCUCGUUACCGAGCACUUUUUUGUUCAAUCAUACACUUUCGUCCAAUGCGUCGUCCCUUUUUUUCAUAUAAAUAUUAUUCAUAUGUAUUAUAAUAUAUUAGAGUUUCAAUCAAUAGAAACAUCAUAUAAAGCUCUGCGCAUUUUGAAUACGAAAAAGGAAAAACAGUUGAUAUAUUCAUCGCUUGGAAGCAAACAGUUAUUUCAAAAUCGAAGGUAACAAUAAUAAUUUGCCAAUGUCAUUUUUUUAUUUCUUUUUUUUUCUUCUUCUUCUCCCAAACUAUUUAAGUCACAUUAAAACUCGUCCUUUUUUUUACAUAUGGAAAACAGAUACAUUAUAUUAUGAUUUUGCACAUAAUGAUUGGCUAAUAAACAAUUGGCUAGAUAUUUCAAUGG